AUGGAGUCUGUUCGUCAAUCGUGUCGGCCAAAGCAUCAGGUCUUGAUUUUGAAAUGCUAUCCAAAAUAUCAGAAGGGCGUGUCAGAGGUCAGGCCGAACCCCAGUGAACUCUCGUACUUGCUGUACUAUACGAGCACGCGCCGCAGCAAGUUGACCAAGGUCGGCGCUUUCCUGGAGAAAAGGGUCGCUCGGGAUGUCUGGAGACGCAGGAUAGGGAAUGUUCAGGUGGCGCUGCACAUCAUGGCUGCGCUUAUCGAAAAAGUCCCCCGCGACCUUCCAAUCUACGCCCGAUCGGUUAUGACCAUAGUCGAUACCGUCCUGCAAUCAAAUGAUAUCAACAUGGUGGAGGAAUCUAUCGUGGCAUUCGAAAUGUUCUGUCGUCACCAGGACAUUUCGGCCAUUUCAGCAGAUCAGGGUCUCGCGCACCAAUACCGUGAAGUCGUGCGAACAUACGCCAGCUUCGCCGACCCGGAAUUUACAUCCAAAUCGAAUGCAAAUUUCAGCCCGCAGGUAGCCAUCCGGUGGAGAAAUGCGGGUCUGCGAGCUAUCAGAGGUGUGGUCAGCUCAGAGAGCUUGGCCGCCGAUGGAGGAACAUCGCUGAAGCUCUGUUUACCAGUCAUUCUGGAAAACCUUCAUUCCGAAGACGAGGAUCUUCUCUCGACUUUGAAAGCCAAGCUUUCCGAAGCGGACACGAAUGAACGGGAGGGGCCCAAACCCCGUCGAAUGAGUGUCACCACGGUGCAUACCGUGGAUACGGCAGAGGGUGACCCUGAGCUGGCAGCCCAAUCAGCAGAUGAUGCGGAUCGAAAGGCGGAGAUUGGCGCUCGGCUCUUGGCCCUACGAUGCCUGGAGCAAGUUAUCGUCUCGGGAAGUAAUCGCGGCCAAAUCCGCAUUGCUGUAACAAUCAUUCUACAGUUCAUCUCAACCAAGGGCCUCCCACAGAGGGAAAAACGUGACCAAAUGAUUGAGGGCAAAGAUGGUAACUGGGCAACCUCUUUGAUUGAACUCAUUGCGAACUGGUGUCCGGUGCAAGUCCGUUUCAUUAUUCUAGUCACGGCCAUGGAGAUCCUACACGAUACAAGCCCGAAGGAGGAUGCUUUGGAGUCGUCAUUUACUAUUCUUUCUGUGGUGGACUGGCUUCUCAAGUCUUCAGUGAACAUGAUUGGACUUAGUGUCAUGGACAUUCUCUUUGGGCUCAUGCAUUACGCUUCUGAUAUACUCUCGCCUCCCGACCGCACAGGGUCGGCACAUUCCGAGCAAAAAUCGAAUGGACAAGCUGCGAACGUGGUUCAGAUUUCUCCCCGACGACAGCGUCUUCUCACAUUACUAGAGCAGUGCAUCGGAGAUCUUGCCACGCAUAUCUACUACGGAGACCAAGUUGCAGACAUGAUGCGGGCUAUUCUCAGGCGUUUCAAGCCUGCUUCUAACCAAGAUAGUUCCAUGGGAUCCACAUUGGCAACGGUUCACGAAUCUGGAGUGGCACAUGUGGAUCUAACGAAUUCAGGCUCUGAGACAAAUGGAGAGAAAUCAAGCACAGAAAGCUUCUCGCAUGCUGCUGCUAAACUGACUGCUCUCCGAGCUGUCAAGGCUAUCCUAGCCGUGGUUAACUCGAAAACCCCAGCCACCAUGUCUGGUGCAGAAUCCAGGCACCCAGUCGGAAUUCAAGUCUGGGAAGGAACCCAAGUACUUCUUCGUGAUGCGGAUCGGGAUGUUCGCUACGCCUAUACCGAUGCAUUUCUUUCAUGGCUGAAUAUUGAAACCAAUGGGAACGACCUCAAAGUGCGAGUAGAUGCACCGAGACACACCAAGACAACAUCCAAGAGAGACUCUGAACAGGUGGAGAGAUCGAAUCGACGAAGUACCUCUGCUGCUGGGAACCCGAGGGACAAAGUGACGCUGGCGGCACAAUCUACCUUCCUUCGUCUUCUACAUCUAGCUAUCUAUGAUGCAGCACUCGAAGCGCCUACCGACGACGCCGAGGUUCUGCUGCUAUAUCUGCUUCUGACAAGCCUCGUGGAGAACGUUGGGGUGAAUGCUGCUCAGUUUGGUAUCCCCAUGAUUAUCACGCUACAGGGUGAUUUGUUUACGUCCAUGGAAUUGAGUUCCUUCGCAGCUCGGGUGAACAUUGGAAGUUUGGUACACGGAUACCUUCUCGCCCUGUCGAAGCACUUCGACAUGCAGUCCUCUUCUAUAGGUCUUGAGAUAUCCAAUGAGAUCCACCAGCGACAGGAUAAGGGAUAUUGGCUUUCCAAGAUUCGCCUGCCUCCGGUCGGUCUCGAUGACAUUAUUUCUGAGGGCGAGAAGAACCUUGACAAUGUCUCCACAUCUCCGCCUCCAUUGACACCUUUCCGCAACGUUGACGGACUUGUCUAUCUGAUUGACGAGGCUUAUCGCCAUAGGGUCUCAUCCCCUCCACACAGCCCUCCAGCCUCGCCAGCGCGGGGAUUUACAUUCCCUGUCCUUGGACCCUCCGCAACAACACCGUUGCAUUCAUUGGUUGAAGGCGGCCUCCCGUCUGUCGUCAAAGAGCAAAUGUUGUCCUCCUGGUCUCGUGAGGCAUGUCUCGCUGCUGUCGAUAAGGAAAGUACCGGAACUUCAUCAGUUCACGGCUCUCGGGCUACGAUUAAUGCUCGCAACAACCAAUCCAACGGUUCCCCUACUAGCUCCCAGGAUAAUCGCCGCAUGAGCGUCCCAGAAAUAUCAGCUUCUUCAUCCCAAGGUUCGAGCAGAGGCUCACCUGUUCGCAUAAAUGAACUUCGCCGCGUACUCUCAGUUACCAACGAUUCCCAACUCCGGCGCCUCAGUCCGUUGCGUGGACGACUUGACGCAUCAACUGCUAGCAUCGUCUCUUCUGGGAGCGAUAGCAUGAUCAGCGGCAAUUUUUCUGUCUCCGAAGUUGACGGAGAUGCCAUUUCUAUCCGCCCAGAAAGUCAGAAAAUGCUCAAGGAAGAGGGAAUAGAGACACCCCGUGCUUCUGCCGCAGCAUUUGUCCUAUCGGGUGACAAUGCUUCAACCAACGACAUCUCAAAUGUAUCAUCUCUGAGUGGUCCCGAUUCAGAUGCGAAAAUCCCCCCAGUGCCACCGAUCCCAGCCGGCUUGUCCAUUCCAGGUGGUUUCCCGAACGACUCGCAACGCUCAUUGUUAUAUGAUCGCCCAUACACUGCCCCGGAUUCAUCACAGCAGUCUUCUGUGAACGAUAGCGCCGAAGCCAGUGCCUUAAACAAUAAGCCUCUGAACCGUAACAAGAGUCGGUCCAACUAUAACCUUGCCGAAGAUGGGGUUCCCAGCCUCUUGAACGAUUAUGAAUCCAAUGCCAUCGAUGGCACUCACCAAGAUCAGCUAAGAAAGCUUUUGGAUGGGUUCCUCUCGCCCGAAAAAACCACGCUGGCGAAUGGAAACCGCUCAUCAUCCGCCACACCUACCUCCAGGGUUCCGCUGGGCGGAUCUCAACGCAGACGAAAGGCCAGCGGAGGUCUCGGCCGGCCGCCCUAUUGA